CUUAAAAUGGAGAUUCAAAACCUAAAUAAUGUGUUCCUAUUUUUCCGUUCUGGUCAAUUGAUUUCUUGACUUCAAGCUGUUUUACUGAAACUUCCUAAACGAGUUCAUGUCUUUUCCCUCUAGACCACCACCAUGAAAUUCGUGGCUCUCGCCCUCGCUCUUCUCCUGGCUGUCGGCUCUCAGGCCGCUUCCCUGCAGGCCGAUGCCCCAUCCCAGCUGGAACACAUACGGUCUGCUGUUGAUGUCUACCUGACGCAGGCAAAGGAGAGUGCCAUCAAAGCUCUGGACCAGCUCGAUGGCACUGAGUAUGAGAACGUCAAGAGCACUGUGGCCCAGCGUCUGAAUGACAUGCACACUCAGCUCAAGCAACUGCAGAGCCAAGUGUCCCCCAUGACUGACAGCGUUGUUAGCACCAUCUCCGAUGCCACCGCCGAGGUCCGUGCCUCCAUCGCGAGCGACAUCGAGGCCUUGAAAGCCGAGCUGGAGCCCAUGCGCGCCAAGCUGAGGGAGGUCCUCGAAAAGCACGUGGAGGAGUACCGCACCCACUUGGAGCCCAUCGUCAAAGAGUACCAAACCAAGCACGACGCCGAGAUGGAAGCUCUGAGAGUCAAGAUGGAGCCCGUUAUGGCUGAGCUGCGUCAGAAGAUAGAAACCAAUGUGGAGGAGACCAAGGCCGCCCUGGCUCCCAUUGUUGAGGCCGUGCGCACCAAACUCACUCAGCGCCUGGAGAGCCUGAAGGAGAUGGCUGCCCCUUUAGUCGAGGAGUACAAGGAACACCUGAGGCAGUCCUACAGCCAGAUGCAGAAUGUCAAAGCCGAGGAUCUCACUCAGCUGAAGGAGAAGAUACAGCCUAUUGCUGAGGAGAUCAAGGAAAAGUUCACAGCCAUUGCUGGGCUCAUCGCUGAGACCUUCAACAAAAACUAAAUCCUCUCUGCUCUUCUCUGACUAACCUCCCCUUCCUUGUCUGUCCUAGAUCCAUUCCACCUUUCCCUCCAUUCUUUCUUCCCUCUCAAACAGACCACCGCACAAAUGAAGCUAGUGCUUAACUUAUGAACAAAAUGGCAGGACUUUUCUCUUUUUCGAAGCAAAUGACUCAUUUCACGCGCGCACACUCAAGCACACGCAGGCACGCACAGAGACACGUACACACCCAGCACACACCCUUCACUCUUCACAUGUACACUGCUAAUGUUUUGUGUAUAAAUGUAUGUGAAUUAUCACAAGUGCUUGAACCUCUGUGUAACUAUAACGUGCUUUGAUGAAAAACAGCUCAAUAAACAUCUGACUGUUUAUACGAA